CUAAAUCAUAGAACCAAAAGAAAGUGAUAGCUAGCUUGCACGGCUUUAACUUUGACCAAUGUCAUUGUGACUAUUUCUGUUCCCUUUUCCUUUAUGCUCGGUUUGAUUUCCCAUUCUGACUGACGGAGUGGAUUGUCAUUGGCUGAGAUGAUGGCUCAUUUUGGCUUGGAGACAGAUGUAGAGUGUAGGCUAUGGUAUCCUAUACUCACAGUGGAGCGGUGUCUGUCUCUCUGUCUGUCUUUGUGUUCCAGAUAAAGUGGAAGAGAACAUGCCUCCUCAGAAGCCCACGUGGGACAACUCUAACACUGACAUAAGGGUCGCAAACACGGUCAAAACGCGGCCCAACAGCAGGUGCUUGGCCAUGAACCCAGAGAUGAAUUCCAUGUGUGAGAGCCAGGACGUGUCGAUGCAGACCCAGACCCAGCCCAGAGAGCCAGGCAGCCCCAGAGGUCGAGGCCCCUUCCUGGGGGUGCCAAACAGACAGGGGACCAUGAGACGACAAAAGUCCAUAGGAACAUCUGGAAUAACAGAAGAGGAUGCCCCUCAGUUCCUGACCCCUCCCAUGUUGAAAUUCACCAGGAGCCUAUCAAUGCCGGACACAACAGAGGACAUCCCACCCCCUCCCGCUAUCUCCCCUCCAUCUCCCCCUUACAACAACGACCCCAACCCCCAGGGCAGAGGCUAUGGCACUAUCAGACACACUGUUCCCAAAGGCACUGCCCCUGAGCGAGGAGGGGACCCCAACACGGGCGGCAGUGACGGAUGGAGGGAACACCCAGAGCCCCAGUCGGAACAGUAUCAGUCUGAGGACCACCACCACCACCAUGGUAGCCAGAGUCCAGGCCAAGGCCUCACAGCCCAGCAGAGCUUCCUGAACCGCAGGGCCCAGAUCCCAGAGAACCCAUACUCAGACCUGGGGAAGAUGGGCAACCUGGGCCUGUUUGCCCCCAACAAACCUCAGAGGAGGAAGGGCAUGCUGAUGAAGCAGAACAAGAUUGAGGACAGCCCAGAGAAGACCUGCACCAUUAAAAUCCCAACCAUCAUCAUCAAGGAGCCGUCUACAUCCAGCAGUGGGAAGAGCAGCCAGGGCAGCAGCAUGGAGAUAGAGACUGGAUCCCAUGACCACCCGGGACAACUCCGUCCGGACGACGGACACAACCCCAGCAGUCCCUUUGCCACGGCCAUGGCGGGCGCAGUGCGGGAACGUGAGAUGAGGAUGGUGGAUUCUCACCAGAACUCCCCAUCCUACAGGUUCACCGACCAGGGUGAAGAAGACUCGUCUCCUGCGCCUGCGCCUCGCCUCCGCCACUCCAAGUCCAUUGACGAGGGAAUGUUCAGUAGUGACGAGCGCCUGCGUCGCCUCAUGGCCCCACCUGCCUCACUACUCAGCAUCCCCAGAAGAGGGGGUAACGUUACGGUCUUCAACACCCCGGAGACCACUGUUGUGAGAGAGCCACUCCACACGCGCACUGGCCACCACAGCCCGGUCAGUCUGCCCGCCAAGACCUAUACCUCCAGUAGUGGGCGCUACGUCCACCCAGUCACAGGGAAGCCUUUGGACCCCAACUCCCCUCUGGCCCUGGCUCUGGCUGCACGGGACCGGGCCAUGAGAGAGCAGUCCCAGCCACUCCCGCUGAAGACCGAACCACCUAAACCUGACUUGAACAAGCCUCUGUUCAUCGACACCAAGCUGAGGACCGGCAUGGGCGCAAAUUUCUCCUCGACUGCCACCAUGGGUCGACCGGGCAGGGCGGGGCUUCGUAGGCAGAUGACAGAGGCAAAGUACGAGACAGAGUCCAAAUACGACCACCCGUUGGCCAAAGACAAGGACAAUAGUCUAUCCCGUCCUCAGAGAGAAGAGGAGAAGAAGAACAUGUUGAUAGACAUUGGUGACACGUCUCAGCAGAAGUCACCUGGGUUGCUGAUGGUCCACACCACUGACGAGAACAACCUGUCUGAGGGGGCGGUCAGUCCAGACAGCACCCCCAGUGAGCUCCGGGACCCCAACCAACCUAACAUCCUCAAAAUGGCCUCCCCUAACCCCCAUAACCCUCACUCUAUGGGCCCUGGACCCAGAGGUAGUAAGACCAUGAUCACCGUCACCUCAGUGGACGAGCCGGUCAAACUACCCUUCGGUAUCCCCCCUCCACCCUGCGUUCCCUCCGUGGACAUCGACGAUGAGUUCUUUGCUGACCCAUUGCCACCGCCGCUCGAGUUCGCCAACAGCUUUGACAUCCCAGAGGACCAAAAGGGGGCGAUCGCUGAGCUCCUGAAACAGCAACGAAACGCUGGCAGGGCACCAUCGUCUCUAGCCCCCUUCUAUCCCUAUCACGGUAACACCCCAGGCCACCCUGACCAGACUAUGAUCAAACGGCCUGCGGUGCUCACCAACUGUACGCCCCCUUGCUUCCCCCACGCCCUCUUGGAGAGCUACGAUCCUAUCAGUGACUCUGGCAUUGAUGUGGAGCCGGACAGCCGCAGUAUUGGAGACCCCCAGCUGGAGACUACAAGCACUAUGUCCACCGUAUCCAGUAUCUCCACGCUGUCGUCCGAGGGUGGCGAGGUGCUGGACAACACAUGUACAGUCUAUGCAGACAGACAGGCCUUUCUGGUGGACCGGACUUCAAAGUCAAGAACCAGGCAACCUGCCGCAAACAAGAGCAACGCACUUUACAAGGACCCUGCCUUGAUGGAUAGAGAGGAGAACAUAAGAACUUUUGCCGCACCUUCCUCCAUCCCACCGCCUCCCCCCGGGGCCAGCGUCUCCUCAGAGCCCCCCAGAACACCAACUCAAAGAACCUCCAAGUUAUGGGGAGACCCUCCAGGCUCUAACCCCCAGGACAUGCAGAACAAGGACAGGACACCAAAGCCAGGAGAGGGGAUAGACUCUUCUUCCUCAGGAUGUAGGACUGUUUUUGGAUCAAGGGGUCCGGACAGUGGGUCCCUCUCCUCAGGUACACAGCGGAAUACCACAGUCUCUUUUGCUGCCCAGCUCCCUCCGAACGUGCCUGCCCCAUCUCCAAACCGACAGACCGAGAGCCCCUCCCACCACAGAGCCCCCAGCCCCAUCCUCUCUCCCCCAGACUCAGGCCUCGGUUGUGCCUCCUCUCUCCCUGCCACCUCUCCCACCCUUUCAGACGUGUUCGGUCUGCCCACCCCCCCUCUCAGCCUGGGCACGGGGAGCAGCCGCUCGCCCUCCCCCCUCACCCUCAUCCAGGCCGUCUCCAACAAGCCUUUUGCCACCAAGCCGGUUCUGAUGUGGAGCAAACACGACGUGGCCGACUGGCUGGAGAGCCUAAACCUGGCUGAGCACAGAGACACCUUUAUGGACAACGACAUCGAGGGCAGCCACCUGCCUAGCCUGCAGAAGGACGACCUCAUAGACCUAGGGGUGACCAGGGUCGGACAUCGGAUGAACAUAGAGAGAGCUUUGAAACUUCUGAUGGACAGGAAUAUCCUCAUGUAUCCUGAAGAAAUUGCAACUUGAAACAGCACUGCAGUUUCCUGAAUAAGCAAGAAGGUCCCCCAGAGUGGGAUAGAGUGGUCCCAGGUGAGGCAGAGCUGCUCUGUCAGUAGGAAGGAAGGAAGUAGAUACACGGGAUGUGGCUGUGAUAUGGAAUAUACUACACUAUCAAACACAACAGCAGCUUAAUCGCUAUGGGAUUUACGGACUUCUGAAAUCAACCUAAUUUAAAUGCAUAACCAGAACCAGCUUCGUAGGGGUUUCAUUUUCUACUGUUUCUCAUUUAGAAAUUAUGCAGUGAAUAUCUUUUUAGGAAAAAGGGGAAAACAUUUACAGUAUGUAUGUGCACUUCUGCCUGUGAAAUUAAGCUUUCUCUCUCUCCCUUUUCACUGGGUUGUAGGUUGAUUUGAGAGACCAUACAGUGUAUUCUCAGACACAGACAUUUAUACCCAGAAAGGAAAUCAAAGAUUAAAAUAAAUUCUAAAUUGGUACAGUAGCAAAGUUGUUGCCCUUCAACCUACUUUCAAUAGCUGUUUUACUACUGGUCAUGUUUACUUGAGGGUUUUAAACACAGUAUUGAAAAUGUCAAUUAAAUUGUUCAUAAUUCAUUAUACUGUCUUCCACAAGAAGCUGAACUGUGUGCCAACAGCUGCCCUUACUGUAGUCUCCUGAACAUGACAUGGCAGAGUGUUGGCACUGGCAGUCAGGGCUUUCCAAUCGUUAUCAUCAACCAUCAUGCUUUCUUUCACAGUCUUCUAUGUCCUCUGAGAGGAAUAAUACAUACAUUAUCACAUUAGGUUAUUACUGUAUACCCUGAACUGAUGCUUAAGACUUUAGGAUUGAAGAUUCUAUCAGGAAUGAAUGACCCAGAGUUACAGGGUUGGGGUCAAUUCCAUUUCAAUUAAAGGUAGUGUCAGCGAUAUGACGUAGAUGCACAACGUAAACAGCAUAGUGGGUCAAUUUUAUGCGACAACUUAGAGAGUUAGAUUGUGACACUCAGCUUCUCUGCUGUUUUGGUCCUGUGGCUACCACGUUGUAAGUGCAUGAAUCGAACCAGAGCACAUGCACAGAUACUGUGUGAGAGCGGAGUCUUGCAUCUUGCUCAUCGCAAAAUCUACUCAACGUCAUUUUGCGGACACUACAUUUCUAAUUCUACAAUUUUUGCAACGAGAAGCGUUGUGUAAAAUUGGAAAUGGAAUUAAAGUUUACUUCCUGAAUUGAAAAGGAAUUUACCCCAACACUGCAGAGUAAGGAUGUUUUUGAAGACAGAUAUCAAAGAAGUGUAUGCACUAAUAUGGGAAAAAGUAGGUGAACAAACACUAAACCUGGUAUCAGAAGGAGCAGAGUUCAACUUGUUUGGCAAGCAAAGAGAUGCAGAUACCACUAGGAAUCUAUUUGGUAGGAAUGUUUACUUUUUGUGUAUGAUAAUUUAAGUAUUAGAGACGUAUUUAAUCUAUGAUGGUGUUUUGAUGUGUUUUGUUGAUGAGAAAGACAUUUGUAUGCAUCCACAAAGCUCAAAACCCACUGGCCAAAAACUGGUUGAAUCAAUGUUGUUUCCACGUCAUUUCAACCCCAAAAUUAAAUGUGAUGACGUUGAAUCAACGUAGAAAAGUGAUUUGAAUUGAAAAAAAGUAAUCAACGUAUAGGAAUGUAGUAUUUUUUACCUAAAUCCAAUGACAUUACAUUUUUGGUUGAUUUCACAUUUAAUUCAUGUUAGUUGACAACUCAACCAAAUGUAAAUCAAAACUUUACAUUUAGUUGAGUUGAGCAUAAUUUCCCUCCAUGUUUUCGAGACAGGAUCUCUUCAUACUAUCACGAGUAAGUCCAAAAAGGCAGAUAUUCACUCAUCAUAAUGUGGAUGAGUUUAAAAUGUAGUUUAUUACACUUUCCACUGAGUUUGUCUGAAACGGGCUGAAGUUGUAUUUUCCACUCAGUUUGCGUUGGGUUUAUAUUCCGGAUCUUAACAGUUUAAACUUCUUGAUAUUCGAAUUUCUCCAGUAAAAGAAUGUGGGUGCUAGCUAAAAUCCCAAUGACAGUAUUUAUGGAAGGUUGUUUGGGAUCUACAUGUGCGUGGGAUCUAUUGGUUUGAUAGGGGGAAAACUGACCUUGAUAUGUCUGAUGACUGAUAUGCAUGACAUCACAGCAUUACAGUUCUAGUCUGUAGAAAUAGUCCACAGAAACCGUAGAUAUAGAAUGAAUUAUAUUUCUAUGGUAAUGACGCCGACCAUCUUUCGACUUGAGGGGACACUUUGAGAUGAGAUCUUAUGUUAAGAACCACAGGAACAGGAAGGAACACAGUAUUUUUGAUGAUGUAGAGAUUUUUAUCAUGAGGGUAUAUUCCUAUCUGUGUUGUCGCCAUAUCAACCCUGAGGUGUGGUUAGGUUUUCCGAAAAGCAGCAAAAUAUGGUUAAGAAGCAAUAUAAUAUACAUUCUGUUUCAAGUAGAUGUUAUUUUUAUUUUCCAGGUGAAUAAUUAUACAUGUAACAGGAUUUCAAGUCUCUAUUUUUAAAAAUUGAUAUAAAUAAUUGUGUUAUAAUCCAUAUUCCUAUAGAGCAUAUUUGAAAUCUUUUAGCAAUUGAUAGUCACAUGUUUUGACUAAGCCUCUGUAAUUAUUAAAUUAUUAAUUAUUAAAAGCUGAUAUAAAUUGAUAUUUGCAUAGUUUGUGCAUCAUGUAUGUAUACUAUGAAGAUACUCGGGCUGUACCUGUCUUCACUAUUUGCUAUAGGAAAUGUUACUUGACCAAGAGAAAAACACACCACUGAAUGGGACUGCUGAUGUAGAGUUGAUAGCUGCACAUUGCACUGAGGCCAUGCACAGACCUAUUAUAGUGAAGCUGACUAGACAUAUAUAGUGAAGCUGACUAGACAUAGUAGUGAAGCUGACUAGACAUAGUAGUGAAGCUAACUAGACAUAUAUAGUGAAGCUGACUAGACAUAUAUAGUGAAGCUGACUAGACAUAUAUAGUGAAGCUGACUA